ACAAUCUCUCUUGCUUGUAACUCGUACAAGCAACCCAGAUUCAGAUUUCAGAUCUAGGGUCACUUUAUCGUGGCUUGACUUGAUUUGCAAACACGGCAAUAUCCGCAAACAGGUAGCAAAAGGGUUCGAUCGUCCGUAUCCAGUCCCGUGGAACACUCUGACUUUGAGGAAAAGUGACGAUCUCUUUCACGAAAACAGUUCUUCAUCAACAGCAAUGUCAGGACUCGACGUCGAAGCUCUUCUCGACUCCACGGCCAACGGCUUCCAGGACGCACCUGAGCCUGUCCUCGUACGCAACGAUCGGAAAGAUGACAGACAUCAUCGCGACCGCCGUUCCUCCAGAGACCGUGAGCGAGACUUCAAACGUCGCGAUCGCUCUCGUGACCGCCGCCGACGCGACCAUGACGAUGUAGACAUGACCAAGUCACCUCGCAGCGAUCGAGGAAGCGCAAAUGGCAGCCACAAAAGCCGUCAUCGAUCCCGCAGCCGUGACGAUUCACGCCAUCGUCGCCGCGAGAGACGUCGUUCUGACGCAAAAGACGAUCGAGGUGACUACUACCGCGGUCCCGGACGUGCUCGCACACGCACUCGGUCCAAGUCCCCCGAUAGUGACCGAUACUAUCGGCCCGGCGACCGCCGCCGUAGUGACAGAGAAGAUCGGGAAGACAGAGUAGAGCGCAACGGACGUGGUCGAGGUGGUCGCCGCCGCUCGCCUACCCCUCGCCGCCGCACGAAGUCCCCCACGCCCCAGCCAACCGAAGACGAGCGUGAUCGUCGCACGGUUUUCGUACAACAGCUAGCAGCUCGUCUCCGCACGAAGGAAUUGAUUGCAUUCUUUGAGAAGGUUGGUCCUGUUAAAGAAGCACAGAUCGUCAAGGAUAGAGUCAGCGGACGCUCCAAAGGUGUUGGCUACGUCGAAUUCAAGGAAGAAGAUUCUGUAGCUUUGGCUAUUCAGCUUACUGGACAGAAACUCCUAGGCAUUCCCAUCAUUGCACAGCUCACCGAAGCUGAGAAGAACCGACAGGCCCGCACUACCGAAUCGGGUAGCACAGCUACAAACGGUGUUCCUUUCCACCGCCUAUACGUGGGCAACAUUCACUUUAGCAUCACUGAAGAGGAUCUACAGGAAGUCUUCGAACCUUUUGGCGAGCUCGAGUUUGUUCAACUCCAGAAGGAAGACCAAGGCCGAAGCAGAGGCUAUGGUUUCGUUCAGUUUCGCGAUCCGACCCAAGCCAAGGAAGCUCUUGAGCAUUUGAAUGGCUUUGAGAUUGCUGGCCGCCCUAUCCGCGUCGGUUUGGGCAAUGAUAAGUUUACUCCCGAAUCUACGCAAAACUUGCUGCAGAAAUUCAAUGGCCUUAGUCAACCGAGCUUCCAGGGCUCCGAUUUCUCCGGUCGUGGCGGCCGUGGUGCUCACGCCGGAGGAGCGGGUGGCAGUUUUGAUCGUGCUGGAGGUCGCGAUACCGACAAAGGCACUGGCGGUGCAAGCGCUCUCGAUGAUACUGAUGUGGCUGGCGUAAACUUCAACAACUUUAGCAGAGAUGCCUUGAUGCGAAAACUUGCCCGUACUGACGAUUCGACUGAGACUCACGGUAAAGAGGAACGGGCCAAACUUGCUAAGCCUCGAACAGAAACUCGCCCAACGCCUGUCAAUGUCAGCCAGGCUAGUCGUUGCGUUCUUCUGAAGAAUUGCUUCGAUCCUGCAGAGGAAGAAAGUGAUGGCUGGGUCCAGGAGCUCGAAGAUGAAGUGCGCAAAGAGUGCAACGACAAGUACGGCACUGUUGUGCACAUCGCUGUUGACCCAAAUACACAGGGUGACAUUUACAUCAAAUUCGACAAGAUCUCCGGUGGCGAAAAUGCCAUCCGCGGCCUCAAUGGUCGAUUUUUCGGCGGCAAAACUAUCUCGGCCCAGCCUGUCGUUGACGCCGUAUACAGCUCGCUCUUUGCGCGCACCCGGGCACUCUAAUCGACUCUAGGAAAUUUCUUGGCUUAUCUUUCGACCACUAAGACACUCUUGGGAUCUUACUUGAUACCUAGGAACGAAAACCAGUAUGUGAAGUUUCAUAUCUUCACGGAUAUCUGAUGGACUGCUACGUCUCUAGGCACUUCGCACCUGUCCAGUAUAGGUCAUAUACUUGUUUAGCCUUUUGCGACUACCCGACGAUAAUUGUCUGGCGUUAUAAGAAGGCUUGCGUUCAGCUGAAUUAACUUACCGGUUCUUACCAUAGCCAAGAAUAUAAUCGUGCAUUUUCAUGUACCUUUCCCCA